AUGGAAGCUGAUAAUCAAGAAGAGAAUCAUGAGUUAAAGAGUACAAAGAGAUCUCUUCAAGAAAUUAAUAGAUCUUGUGAAAAAGCUGUUUUUAGUGGUGAUAAGAGUAGUUUAAAAGUGAAGAUAAAGAUGCCAAAGCUUGAAGAGGUUGUUGAGAAGGAGGAAGAAAAAGAAAUCAAUGGUGGUCAAGAAGAAGAAAUCUUGAAAAAAAAAGAUCAUAUAUGUAGUGAGUGUGGGAAACAAUUUAGCUCAGGAAAAGCUUUAGGAGGUCAUAUGAGCAGUGCACAUGUUCAAGCAAAUAAUAGAGAAGAAUCUUGGAAAAAUAAACAACUCAAAGUCAAUAAUUAUGGUCAAUCUUCAAAGAGAUCAAGAAUCUUGGUAGAAGAAGAAGAAGAAGAAGAUGGGGUUAAGAAAAUAAUAUGUGAUCUUUGUGGUAGGAAUUUUCCAUCAAAAAAAUCUUUGUUUGGUCAUAUGAGAUGUCAUCCUGAUAGAGAUUGGAGAGGUAUGAAACCUCCUAAUAACAAAGACAACUUCAAAAAUAAAGGGGUGUUAGUUUUUCCAGCUAAUAAUUCCCUUGAUGAUGAUGAUGAUAACGACGAUUAUUUUCUUAAUACUCAAGAGUAUAAAGAAUUACAUGAGAUUGAAUCAGCUAGCAAUAUUAAUGUUGCACCUGCUUUUCCAAAGGUUGAUUUAAAAGAUUGUUUGAAGAGCUGGGCUGUGAAAGAUAAGCGAGGGCGAUCCGCCAAAUUAUCAUCAUCAAUCUCAAGUUCAGAUGAUAAAGAACUUCAGGAUGCUGUUCAUCAGCUCAUAAGAUUAGUCAAUGGUGUCAACAAUAUCAAUACCCCGAAAAAUCGCCACACGAAAACCGAGGAAUUAGAAGUUAUGUGUAGCAAUUCAGUCACUCCUGAUCUUCCAUUGAAGGAUAAAGCUAAAGGCAAGAGAAAGGUUGAUGAUAUAGAGGAUGAUUAUUGUUCAGGCAUUGAAUCAAAAGAUUGUUUUGUCAUGCCUAACAAGAAGCGAUCAAGGCCUCUUCAGAAGCAGCAACAACAACAAACUCAGUGUAAUUCCACAAGUGACCAACAAAUUAAAAAUGUGACACCGGGGAAAAAAAUGUGUAGCAUAUGUGGCAAGACGUUUACAAGUCACCAAGCAUUGGGAGGUCAUAGGUCAAGUCAUAACAAGUUCAAGAUGACAAUCGAGAAUACAAUCGAUCAAGAAACUAAGAUAAAAUCUGCAGCACAAGAUGAUGGAUCCGAGAUUAAUAUUGGCAAUGCUAGUAAAGUUCUUGAUUUUGAUCUUAAUGAGUUGCCUGAUGUAGAUGAUUGUUAUAGGUAG